AGAUUGUGUGAAGGGAGGGGGAGAAGACGGCUUUUGAUGAGCAGAGGGAGCACAUACACAAGGCCCAUGGCUGGACCGGCGCUGGGCCACACAGAGUCCAAGGCCAGCAGCAAAUCCAACAUGCUGCGGGGCCGCAACUCUGCCACCUCCACCGAUGAGCAGCCGCACAUUGGGAACUACCGCUUGCUCAAGACCAUCGGCAAGGGCAACUUCGCCAAGGUCAAGUUGGCGCGCCACGUCCUGACGGGGAAAGAGGUGGCUGUGAAAAUCAUUGACAAGACGCAGCUUAACUCAUCAAGCCUGCAGAAGCUCUUCCGGGAAGUGCGAAUAAUGAAGGUUUUGAAUCAUCCCAACAUAGUUAAAUUAUUUGAAGUCAUAGAGACGGAGAAGACGCUGUACCUCGUCAUGGAGUACGCCAGCGGGGGUGAGGUGUUCGACUACUUAGUAGCCCAUGGAAGAAUGAAAGAGAAAGAAGCCAGGGCAAAAUUUCGACAGAUAGUGUCUGCUGUGCAGUACUGUCACCAGAAGUUCAUUGUACAUAGAGACUUGAAGGCCGAGAAUCUGCUGCUCGAUGCCGACAUGAACAUUAAAAUCGCCGACUUUGGCUUCAGCAACGAGUUCACGUUCGGGAACAAGCUGGACACGUUCUGUGGGAGCCCUCCCUAUGCUGCGCCCGAGCUCUUCCAGGGCAAAAAGUACGACGGCCCCGAGGUGGACGUUUGGAGCCUGGGCGUCAUCCUGUACACCCUGGUCAGCGGCUCGUUGCCCUUCGAUGGGCAGAACCUCAAGGAACUGCGGGAGCGGGUCUUGCGGGGCAAGUACCGGAUCCCCUUCUACAUGUCCACGGACUGUGAGAACCUGCUGAAGAAAUUCCUCAUUCUCAACCCUAGCAAGAGAGGCACUUUAGAGCAAAUCAUGAAAGACCGCUGGAUGAAUGUGGGGCAUGAGGACGACGAGCUGAAGCCCUACAUGGAGCCCCUCCCUGACUACAAGGACCCACGGCGGACAGAGCUGAUGAUCUCCAUGGGGUACACGCGGGAGGAGAUCCAGGAGUCGCUGAUAGGGCAGAAGUAUAACGAGGUCAUGGCCACUUACCUGCUGCUGGGAUACAAGAACUCAGAGCUGGACAACGACAACAUCACGCUGAAGCCGAGGCCUCAGGCCGAGCUGGCCAACAGUAGCGCCCCCUCCCCCUCGCACAAGGUACAACGCAGCGUCUCGGCCAAUCCCAAGCAGCGGCGCUUCAGCGACCAGGUCCCUGCCAUCCCCACCUCCACUUCAUACUCCAAGAAGACCCAGAGCAACAACGCGGAGAACAAGCGCCCCGAGGAGGAGCGUGAGGCUGGGCGCAAGGCCAGCAGCACCGUCAAAGUGCCCGCCAGCCCGCUGACCGGGCUCGAGAGAAAGAAGAGCACGCCCACCCCAUCCACGAACAGUGUCCUCUCCACCAGCACCAACCGGAGCCGGAAUUCCCCCAUGCUGGAGCGGACCGGUUUGGGCCAGAACUCCAUACAGAAUGGCAAGGACAGUUUAACCACUCCAGGGUCCAGGGCUUCCACGGCUUCCGCUUCCGCCGCCGUGGGCUCCGCGCGCCCGCGCCAGCACCAGAAAUCCAUGUCUGCCUCCGUGCACCCCAACAAGCCCACGCUGCCCCCCACUGAAAAUAAUUGUGAGGCCCAGAGACCCAGCACUGCCCCCCAGAGGGUCCCAGGGGCUUCACCCUCUGCCCACAACAUCAGCAGUGCCAUCCCAGAACGCACCAACUUCCCACGGGGCAUCUCCAGCCGCAGUACCUUCCACGCCGGGCAGCUCCGGCAGGUCCGGGACCAGCAGAACCUCCCCUACAACGUACCACCUGCCUCACCCUCUGGGAACAGCCAGGGACGCCGGGGUGCCUCCGGCAGCAUCUUCAGCAAGUUCACCUCCAAGUUUGUGCGCAGAAAUGUGUCUUUCAGGUUUGCCAGAAGGAACCCGCAUGAGCCAGAGAGCAAAGACCGAGUGGAGACCCUCAGACCUCACAUGGUGGGUGGGGACAAGGAGCGGGAUGAGAACCGGGAGGCCAAGCCUCGCUCGCUGCGCUUCACCUGGAGCAUGAAGACGACGAGCUCCAUGGAGCCCAACGAGAUGAUGAAGGAGAUCCGCAAGGUGCUGGACGCCAACAGCUGCCAGUGCGAGCUGCAGGAGAAGUACAUGCUGCUGUGCAUGCACGGGGCGCCCGGCCACGACUCCUUUGUGCAGUGGGAGAUGGAGGUGUGCAAGCUGCCGCGGCUGUCGCUCAAUGGCGUGCGCUUCAAACGGAUAACGGGCACCUCCAUGGCCUUCAAGAACAUUGCCUCCAAGGUGGCCAACGAGCUCAAGCUUUAACCAGCCCCCUGCUGCGCUGCACCCCACGUGCCCUGGGCUGGGACGAGGCGAUCCUGAGCUGCAGGAUCUCCCCAUGGCGGUGUGCCGGGGGCACUGAGACGCAGACCCUCCUCUCUCGAGCUGUGUGCCCGGGAGGGGCAUUGGAGACGUUCCUGCCCACCUUGCAAGGACCCACAGCCGUGCACCAGGACAGGGCGUGCAGAAACAUGCCUCCUCUCCCCCACUGCUGUGCCGAGAUGCCCCCUGGCCGUGCACCAGGGGA